GCCGCGCGAUCGCAGUCAGCUUCUAGCUUCCGAGCGAGUCACACGUAUCUGUAAUGCAAUAGUGGUCCCCCCACGCGCAGCAGACAUGGAGACAGCUACCGACAGCCAGCCCGUCGACGACGAGGGUAUCACCUCCGACCGCCGACCUUCCACCGACGAACAGGACUUAUCGGAUACCGCGUCAGAAACUGGCUCAGGAAACGGCAAAGAUUCCGGCUGCGAAGUUGCCCCUGAUGCCCAAGAACCGCCGUACACCCCUCCUGAUGAAGAACUCGCAAAUCGUAUCAUGACCCAAGUUGAAUUCUACUUUUCGGACGCAAAUAUUACAAAGGAUGCAUUUCUAUUGAAACACGUGCGCCGGAACAAGGAAGGAUAUGUGUCACUUAAGUUAAUAUCAAGCUUCAAGCGAGUCAAGCACCUGACUAAAGAUUGGCGUGUUGUCGCUGAAGCCUUGAAGAAUUCAACAAAAUUAGAAAUAAACGAAGCCGGUACAAAAUUGAGAAGAAUCGAUCCCUUGCCAGCUUAUGAUGAAACUACUCCGUCAAGGACAGUUGUGGCUGUCAGGAUGCCAAUAGAUCGUCCUUCAGUUGAGAAUGUAUCCAGGCUGUUCGCAACUUGUGGUGAAAUUGCUUUAGUAAGGGUUCUACGUCCAGGGAAUCCAGUGCCGGCUGACGUGCGUCAGUUUCUCAAUAAGAAUCCAAGUCUAGUGAAUUGUGUGUGUGCUUUAGUUGAGUUUACUGAAUCAGAGGCAGCCAGAGGUGCUUUACGGCUGCAAAGUGGUGAAGAAGAUGGUAUGAAAGUGUAUGAGUUGAACGGAGUGCCCCGAGAGCCGAAGAGGAAAACUCCCAUACGUCGAGCGCCGCCUCGCCGGCACGAGUGCGAAUACUCUUCAUGCUGCAGUGGCUCUGAACCAGAGUUUGACUAUAGAUACACUCCUCCUUACUAUAGGAGGAAUUCGAGUGGUUUCUUCAAUCCUGCUCCUCGUUCCCCGGAGAUACAAACGUGGGUGCCUCGACGUCAAUCCACUUGCAGUCACAGCUCUGAUUCAGGAGUUUCUUUCUUCUGUGGUUCACGAAGAGCGUCUCAAGCGAGUACCGGGAGCGUGAGUAGUGCUGACGGUUGGCUAUCCCGCAGGCUAUCGGGUUGUUCGUUGUCUGGCAACGAAUGUGGUGGAAGGCGACUAUCGUGCACCCCACGCUAUGAACCACGUACACCGCUCGCGCCAGACGGAACCAGAGGUUUCCACGCCGCAGCCCGCCAGCGACGGAUCUCUGAUCUAGCGCUGUACUCGCGUUAGAAAGCGGCCGCCAACCGUGACACCUUUCUAAUUGCGAUGGAAUUACCUUUCACGUUCAGGCCAUUUGAUUUAAGGAAGCGACCUAAGAUCGCGUGUUAUGUUUAAGUUUAUUUUGUUUAAGAGAAUGAAGAGUUACCUAAGCCGUGUUCGGCUGUUGUGAUCGCUCAUAAUUUAUUAUUAUUUAAUUUAUUAGUAUUUAUUGCCGCGUAUAUGCGGAUAGUUUAAGGUCGACGCGCGCUGUGGAAGAGUUUUCAUCAGUGUCUGUCUGAGUUGUAAGCACAAAUCAAAUUUUAAAACAAAAUCGACAACCAGAGAUUGUAGACUCAAAUCUGGUAAUGAGUUGCAAUGACAGAGAAAAUAUUGUGAUUUAUGGAAUGUUUUGAUUAAAGCUCUGUCAUUUUAUUAUAGGCCUACAAUGCGCGAACGAGACCGUCCAAUAGUUAGUCAUUAAGUCAGUCGCGCCAUCAUGAUACUUUCAUUUAAGUUUUUAUUUAAGUUUUGUUGUGAUUUUGUAUGUAGAUAGUUGCGUAACCAAGAGAAAGGUAUAGGAUUCGAUACGGCGUGCGUAAUGAAUGCUAUACGUUUUUGCUUUUUCUUUGUUAUUUAUUAAGGAGGUUUUUAUUUGCUUGAGCACAUGAAUUAUAGCAGUCUUUUAUCCAUUGCUCCAAACCUGUCAUUUAAAUCCAUGGCUGUAUAGAUUUACCAUUGCCCAAUAAGAACAAAAACUGUUAAAUUUAAAUUUGCGCAUCAAUUCGUUCUAAAUUCAAAUAAUCUUAGCAGGAUUGCAUCAAUAAUAACUGGCUGGUGCUUCGCGUAACCUCCUUGACGCUAUUGUAAAAUAAAUGAGAUUUUUUCAAA